AUGGGUCACGGGCUGUUCCUCGCAUUGGAGCUUUUAGAGCCAUCAAGCUCUACACGUUGUGAAGGCAUGGAUAGUUUAAGAGCAUACACAGCUCAGGCAGAUGAGAAGACAGUCCCUGGUACUCCUACAGAUGCUAAUGCCAGAGCCUUAUUGGUUUGCAGUGGACCUUUAGAACAUUAUGACUUUCUGAUUAAGCAAGAAGAGCUGAGGAAUGAUGAGCAACAAAGAAGAGUUGUGCAGCACCUGCAGAAGUUGCACGAGAGCCUUAAAGGCUACAGCAUCAGUUCAAAAAAUCUUUUCUCAAAGCUCUUUGCGAAAAACAAACCUCCAAAAGGUCUUUAUGUCUAUGGAGAUGUUGGCACAGGAAAGACAAUGGUGAUGGACAUGUUCUAUUCUCAUUUACACGUAGAAAGGAAAAAGAGAGUCCAUUUUCAUGGCUUCAUGCUAGAUGUACACCAGAGAAUACAUCGCCUUAAGCAGAGCUUGCCAAAAAGAAAGGCGGGAUUUAUGACCAAAUCAUAUGACCCAAUUGCACCAGUAGCAGAGGAAAUAAGUGAAGAGGCUGCUCUCUUAUGUUUUGAUGAAUUUCAGGUCACUGACAUUGCUGAUGCCAUGAUUCUGAAGCAGCUUUUUGAAAAUCUGUUCCAAAAUGGGGUUGUCGUUGUGGCAACAUCUAACAGGCCGCCAGAAGAUCUCUAUAAAAAUGGUCUUCAGAGAGCUAAUUUUGUACCAUUCAUUGCUGUGCUGAAG